GGAGGAAGUGAAGGAGCAUCGUAAACAUGGCUGACAGUGGAGAGACAGAAGACGGUCCUGGCAGGAAUGAUGACAUUGACCGAGCAAAGAGGGAAGGCAAAGAGUUGACCAAAGAAGAGAAGCAACGGCUGAGGAAAGAGAAGAAACAGCAGAAGAAGAGCAAAGAGAAGGCUUCACAGGAUGGCGAGAAAGAAAAGAAGCCUGUCAGGGCAGCUUCUCCAGCUCCCCAGCCCCCUACGCAACCCACAACACAGAAAGCUCCUUCAGCAGUGCCUGUCUCAGAAACUCCGGCCCUGGCAGACAAGCCGGCUAAGAGUAAAGCAGAGUUGAAAGCCGAGAGGCGAGCUCGGCAAGAGGCUGAGAGGGCCUCCAAACAGGGCAAGAAGACAGAGGUGGGACAGCAGGCUGCCACGGGCAAACCUAAAGCACCGCCUAGUGAGCUACAGCCAGUGGUGAAGAGGCUCCCAGAACAUAUCCAGGUGGACAACCCAGAGGUCUUAAAGAAACUGGCCAAGAAAUUGGAAAGACAACAGAUCCCACUCCGGUCAGACUAUGGUUACAAAGUCAGCCUGUUUUCUCAUCUCCACCAGUACAGUCGCAAAGCCCCUCUAACACAGCAACUCGGCAUUCCCUCCACCGUGAUUCAUCCUGCUAUUGUUCAACUUGGUCUCCAGUAUUCACAGGGCAUUGUGGCCGGAUCCAACGCUCGCUCUGUCGCCCUGCUGCAUGCCUUCAAACAGGUAAUAAGGGACUAUACCACACCUCCAAAUGAAGAGCUAUCUAGAGACUUGGUCAACAAGCUGAAACCUUAUAUCAGCUUUUUGAAUCAAUGUCGCCCUCUGUCAGCCAGCAUGGGUAAUGCAAUCAAAUACAUCAAGAAAGAGAUCUCCAAUAUUCCUAGUCAAUGCAAAGAAGAAGAGGCAAAGAGCAAACUGCUGAACUGUAUUGAGUGCUACAUUAAUGAGAAGAUCAUCCUUGCUGCUAAAGCUAUUGCCAAGUACUCCAUAGAAAAGAUCAGUGAUGGAGAUGUCAUCCUAGUUUAUGGAUGCUCGUCACUGGUCAACCACAUCUUGUGCGAGGCCUUCGAGAAGGGCAGGAAGUUCCGCGUGAUCGUGGUGGACAGCAGACCUCGACUGGAGGGCCGGGAGGCCCUGAGGCGCCUGGUCCAGAGAGGCAUCAGCUGCACCUACGUCCUCAUCUCGGCCGUCUCCUACAUCCUUCCAGAGGUGUCGAAGGUGUUCCUUGGUGCUCACGCUCUGCUGGCCAAUGGUUACGUCAUGUCUCGUGUGGGGACGUCACAGAUAGCUCUGGUGGCCAAAGCCUUUAACGUGCCUGUACUGGUGUGUUGUGAGACCUACAAGUUUUGUGAGAGGGUGCAGACGGACUCCUUCGUGUCCAAUGAACUAGAUGACCCCGAUGACCUCAUUGUGACCCGCAAAGGGAAGACCCAGCUGGAGCACUGGCAGGAAGUGCCCUCUCUCGGCCUGCUUAACCUGGUGUAUGACGUGACACCGCCUGAUUUCGUGGACCUAGUCAUCACAGAUCUGGGAAUGAUCCCGUGCACCUCGGUCCCUGUGGUGCUGCGAGUGAAAAACGUGGACCAGUGAACGACCUCGUGCCGGAGCCGAGAGGCUGUUUCUCUGAGUUUUGAUGGGGGGAGUCUGUGUGCUUGAAUGCUUGCACACAACACAAAACAUCGUGCUGUUAGCAUGCAAUAAAUAUAUAUCUGAAAUGG